AUGAACAUUAUAGUAACGAUUUUCCUAGUACUACUCCCGGUAUUCCUCCUCCUUGUUCGGAGAAGAGGAUCAUCGAAGAGGGUUCCACCGGGUUCCCUUGGAUUUCCAAUCAUCGGUCAAAGCCUCGGGAUGCUAAGGGCAAUGAGAGCCAACACAGCAGAGAAAUGGCUUGAAGAAAGAGUACAAAAAUAUGGUCCUGUCUCAAAGCUAAGCCUCUUUGGCAAGCCCACUGUAUUCAUUUAUGGACAGGCUGCUAACAAGUUUGUAUUUAGCAGCGACGACGCUGUCCUUACUAACCAGCAGACACAAUCAGUUAAGAUGAUUCUGGGCGAUCGUUGCCUUCUGGAACUCAAUGGUGAAGAUCAUAGACGGGUUAGAGAUGCCCUGGAAUCAUUCCUGAAGCCAGAUAGACUGAAGCUUUAUGUUGGAAAGAUGGAACAAGAAGUCAGAAACCACCUCGAGACUUACUGGAAAGACAAUCGAAUAAUUAAGGUAUUACCUUUGAUGAAAACGCUUACCUUCAACAUCAUUUGUUCUCUCCUUUUCGGGCUUGAAGAUGGAGCUCAAAGAGACCAAAUGGUUCAUUAUUUCCAGGCGAUGAUAGAAGGGUUCUGGUCAAUCCCUAUAAACUUGCCUUUUACGCGCUUCAACCGGAGCCUCGAGGCAAGCAAAGAUAUCCAGAAGAUGCUGAAACAACUUAUUUCUGAGAAACUCCAUGAGUUUAACAACUCAGCUUCAUCCCACCAGGACCUCAUCACUUGCUUGCUCGGUAUUCUUGGAGAGAACAAUCAAGAAGUCCUAUCUGAAAAUGAGAUCAUUCACAAUGUCAUGCUCAUAAUGGCAGCUGGAUAUGACACUUCAUCCGUCUUGAUAACUUUCAUCGUAAGAGUUUUAGCAAAGAAUCCAAAUGUUCAUGAAGCUGUCCUUAAAGAACAAGAGGAGAUAGCACAUAGCAAGUCAUUUGGAGAGAGCCUAACUUGGGAAGACCUUGGCAAGAUGAAGUACACCUGGAGAGUGGCAAUGGAGACAAUGAGAACGUUCCCUCCCAUUUUCGGAGGCUUUAGGCAGACUGUAAAAGACAUUCAGUACGGAGGCUACGUCAUUCCAAAAGGAUGGCAAAUAUUCAGGAUAAUGGCUAAAACACACAUGGAUAGCAACAUAUUCCAAGAACCAGAGAAAUUCGAUCCAUCACGAUUUGAGAACACAACAUCUUUGCCUCCUUACAACUUUGUUCCAUUCGGAAGGGGAUCCCGUAUAUGCCCUGGAUACGAGUUUGCAAAGAUUGAAACUUUAGUCACAAUCCAUUACCUAGUAACACAUUUCACAUGGAAGCUUUGCUGUACGGACGAUUUCUUCAGCAGGGACCCAAUGCCAGUACCAACUCAAGGACUUCCCAUUGAAAUAGUUCCCAGGAAACCUCUAUAGUUCAAUCACACAUGCUUCUCCAAGAGCAGAGUUUUGCAAACCUAUAACUCCAUAUUAUGAAAUAUUGCUAUGAAAAGGUUACUAAAAAUAUCUAGACUGGAAUUGACAUCAAAUGUGCAAUCUCCUAAGGGGAAUAUACUCCCUAUAUUAUGAUGUGUUCAUGUAAAAAAAUGUACACAUUAAGGCUUGACAUCCAGCCAAAUUUCUAAGAACUUUAUAUUCAGAAAUUAAGGGCUAAAAAUUAAAUGUGAGAAAUUGGAAGUUCAAACAUGCAUAAGCACAAUUAUCCUAUUC